CCCCCGCCAUACUCCGACCCUAGGGUUUCCGUCCUCUUCCGUAAGCUUCCAAAAAAAUGGCCAACGAGGAGCCGGCUCCCGUCACCGCUCCUGCCGCCGCCGCCCCAGCCGGGGGCGACCAUUCUCCGGCCUUCUCGUUCAGCAUCUGGCCGCCGACGCAGCGCACGCGGGACGCGGUGGUGCGGCGCCUCGUGGAGACGCUCGCGGGGGACACCAUCCUCUGCAAGCGCUACGGCGCCGUGCCGGCCGCCGACGCCGAGCCCGCGGCGCGCGCCAUCGAGGCCGAGGCCUUCGACGCCGUGGCCGCCGCGGGAGGCGCCGCCGCCUCCGUGGAGGAGGGGAUCGAGGCGCUGCAGUCCUACUCCAAGGAGGUGAGCCGCCGCCUCCUCGACUUUGUCAAGUCCCGCUCCGCGGACGCCAAGGCCGACCCGCCGUCGGCGGAGGCCCUGGCCCCUGACGCGCCCGAGGCCCAGCCCGCGGCGUGAGCGCCGGACAGCCAGUCGUUCCGUACCUGAUCUUCCUGAGAUGAGAUUGAGUCGCGUCUGGAGUUUGUGUGGAGACUGCAGCCUGUGUGUGUGGCAAAGUCUGGGUCUGUAUGACUUGAACGUUAGCUGUUUGCACAUCUAUGCAGUUCUUCUUCCACGGAUGUCUGAUUUAGUGCGUGCUCUUAUUUUACUUCUUGCAAUGACUGCCCCUGACCAACGAUUAUGUUCCGUUUGCUGUGACGCUCAUGCAUCAGGCCUCGAGUGAUAGAUAAAUCCGAAAUAACAAGCAGAAUCCUCCCAUCUUUCAAGCCA